GUUUUCCCUAUUCAAAUAGCAUUUCAUCUCCCUUGUAAUUUUCCCCUCAAGUCACACCCCCAAAGCAUCGUUUCUUCUUCUUCUUCUUCUUCUUCUUCUUCUUCCGGGUCUCGUCCAGUCGUCGUUUUCGUCUCUGGGUAGAAAAAUGGCGUCGCACACGCUCUCAUAUCUCCCGAUUGCUGUAUCCAACCCUCGAAUCAUGGCUUCGAAACGAAUCGAAUCUCCGGUUUCUUCUUCCCCAAUUCCUCUCAGUUCUCCUCUGGGUAAGAAGCUUCUGGUGACAGCUCCAAAACGCUGCGUUUUCGUCCCCAAACGCCGUUGCUUGACGGUCUCUAGUACUGCGUUUAGUGUCCCAACAGGACAACCGGAAAAGGGUUCUUCGGAUAAGGUCCCCAAAUGGUCGGCGAGGGCGAUAAAGGCGCGUGUUAUGGCGGAAUUGGAGGCUAGAAAGCUCAAGUAUCCGAAUACCGGAACCGAAGCCCUUCUCAUGGGUAUUUUAGUGGAGGGUACUAGUAUAGCUGCUAAGUUUCUAAGGGAGAAUGGAAUUACACUCUUUAAGGUUCGUGACGAGACACUUAACCUGCUGGGGAAAUCAGACAUGUAUUUCUUCAGCCCGGAGCACCCUCCUCUGACUGAACCGGCUCAAAAGUCCAUCGAUUGGGCCGUCGAUGAGAAGACGAAGUCUGGUAUAGAUGGGGAAAUAACCACAGCCUACAUGGUUCUGGGUAUUUGGGCUCAAAAGCAAUCAGCAGGCCACAAGAUUUUGGAAUCACUGGGCUUCAAUGACGAGAAGGCCAAAGAACUUGCUAAAGUGAUGAAUGAUGAAAUAGUUUUGAGCUACAAGAAAAAGGGACGAUAAACAGAUAUAGGAUGUUCCGUGCUGAUGAACAAUGGGUUCGUUCCAGAAUGUUGGAUCAGCAAAAACUUCCUUUUAACUGCACAUGAUUCAAAUGUGGAUCUCAACAAGAUGUGAACUUCUUGAAGGAAAAAAAGGUCUGUCCAACAAGAGAUUCUCAUUAUUUGCAGUGAUAUAUUAUAAAGUGAACUCGUUUUCAAACUUUUGCUUCAGUUGUUUUCUUGUGAUUUUUCCCACAAGUAAUUUUAUUCAGGCGUUCAUCUCA